CGAGCGGAGGCAAGGUCCGCCCAUCGCCAGUCCCGACUCACAAGCAGCCACGGCGACCACCACCGAUUUCAGAUUUUUGCUGCGGGAUCUUCAAGCGCGAUCGAUUCUCUCUCUUCUUCCAUCCUCCUCGCGAGCGGGAUCGACCGGAAGAUCCCCAAGAUUCCGAUUCCGAUCGCCGGACCGUGCGUUUCUCGGGCCGUAGGUACCGGAGAUCGAUGGGGUUCUUGGUGACGACCCUAAUCUUCAUCGUGAUCGGGAUCAUCGCGUCUCUCUGCACCAGAAUCUGCUGCAACCGAGGGCCUUCGACGAACUUGUUCUAUCUAACAUUGAUCAUUACAGCAACAGUAUGUUGUUGGAUGAUGUGGGCAAUUGUAUAUCUCGCUCAAAUGAAACCACUGAUUGUCCCUAUUCUGAAUGAUGGAGAAUGAAGCUCUACAAGUAUAUAUACCAUUAUUGGUGGACCCAGGAUUUGAUGAGAAGUAUCCGGUUCCUGGUCGACAGGACCAUUUGAUUAUUAAUUAUUUUUUUUUUGCAGUAUUUGUGUGUGAGCGAGUCUUUUCCUUCUUUGUUAGUCCCCGUUGAUGUAUCAGCUUCUUAAUUAAUCUUGCCAGUCUAUUUCUCUA